GUACCACAGGGCAGUAAGCAGAAAACUUUCCCACGAAGCGCACGCGUUGUAUUACACAAGCAAUAAGACGCUCUGAAAUUACGUGAUUUCAUUUAAGGCCAAUUUCGAUUCAGUGUACUUACAAUUCUCUUUAAUAAAUAUUAUAUUGUUCGUUUGUAUUCAGUUCUUAAUAGUGUUGGUGCAUUGUUCGGACUACCGCUAUUUUGAUGCCUGUCACACGCCGUCAAUUUUUGGGUCUAAGAAAUGCCGGAUUCCGGACGAUGUUUUCCUUUACCGUAGGAGCGAGUUCAAAUACGCAAUAGGCUACUAGGCCAACAUGUUCCAUAUGUAUUUAACAGAUGUGAUGCGUCGGCUGUACCUGACAGACAGACAUUUAAGGGUGAUGCUAUGGUGUAUAUUAUUGGGAUUGCAGCCAGCGUUUGGAGGCAUUCUUGACCCAUUCAAUUGGGCACGCUCGGAUCGUAUUGAGGUCAAUAUCCCAUGGUUACCUUUCGAAAAUGAAACUAGAUGCUACGAUGAGCUUGGCUGUCUGAACAUCACACGGAGUUGGUAUCACCUAAUUCACCGCCCGUUUAAUGUGUUUCCUCUCCCCAGAGUAGUUGUUAAUACAAGGUUCAUUCUAUAUACGAAGAGUAAUCCCACUGAUGGACAACUACUUAACGUUAAUGUAAACAAAACAAUAGUUAAAUCUAACUUUAGUCCGCGUCGUUUAACUAAAAUUAUUAUACACGGAUUUAUAGACACGCCACUCUCAAAUUGGGUGAGUGAAAUGAAAGAUGAGUUGGUGAAGGCCGGUGAUUUUAAUGUCGUCAUCGUGGAUUGGGCUGGAGGCAGCUUGCCUCUGUACACUCAGGCGACAGCUAACACUCGACUUGUUGGACUUGAAGUUGCACAUUUCGUCAAUACUUUACAGAAAGAGCACGGCCUAAACCCCCUUGAUGUACACAUAAUUGGUCAUUCUCUAGGAGCUCAUACAGCUGGUUAUGCUGGUGAAAGAAUUCAGGAUUUAGGAAGAAUUACAGGACUCGAUCCUGCUGAACCUUAUUUUCAAGGGAUGCCAACAAAUGUGCGACUAGAUCCAACAGAUGCGAAACUGGUCGAUGUCAUACACACAGACGGGAAAAGCAUAUUCCUUUUAGAUUUUGUGUUUAUGGCAGGAUAUGGGAUGUCACAGCCCGUGGGUCAUUUAGAUUUUUACCCAAAUAAUGGAAAGGAACAACCAGGUUGUGACCUGACUGAGGGGCCACUGAUACCCCUGACUUUAGUAAAGCAAGGAUUGGAAGAAGCGUCUAGGGUACUGGUCGCUUGUAAUCAUGUGAGAGCGAUUAAGCUGUUCACAGAGUCUAUUAAUGGAAAAUGUCCUUAUAUAGGUCACCAAUGUCCAUCUUAUCAACACUUCCUGGACGGAAAAUGCUUUCACUGCGGUCAUGGUUGCGCCGUAAUGGGAUUCCAUGCAGACAGCUCACCUGGAUUAAUCACGAAUAAAGAUAAUGAGACUGAGAACGAAGUUUAUCCUUCUGAGGAGCAGGAAACAAUUGGUGCCAAGUACUUCCUUAACACUGGGAAAGAACUACCCUAUUGCCAACGGCACUACAAAGUCUCAAUUCAUUUGGCUAAUCCUAAGGGUGCAGAAUCCUGGGUUCAGGGAUUUCUGAAAGUCACUUUGAUGUCAGAGAAGGGGGUCAUUCGUGGUAUGGAUUUAACGCCUACAAAUUAUGUGAAAUUAGAACAUGGAACUUCAUACACAAUUGUUGUUACGCAUCCGAUGGAUUUAGGAGGAAAAAUAAGAAAAGUGGAAUUGUCGUGGGAGUACGAUAUGAAUGUACUGGAACCACGAUCUCUUUGCAUUUUGUGGUGUAACGAUCGGCUCUACGUGAAGAACGUAAUAGUUGACCAAAUGGAACUUCCUAGUAGAGGGAAACGCAAUGUAGAUUUCAGCAGUAAAUUAUGCACGCCCAAAAGAGAAUUCGCUGAAAUUCCAAACAGAGGUUCCGCAAGCUUCUAUGACAAUUGCGGAAGGUAGCCAAUUGAGACGUGAUAUGGAGAGAGAACAACCGGGCCAGCUGAGUGCUACACUAUGUCCUACCAAGAAGGCCUUACAAUCUUACGAUUUCAGUUCCAAUUAGUACAAAGCUACACUUUUAUCUGAACGUAUACGAAAAUGACAGCAAAAAUUGCUUGACUUCAAAAGAAACGGCAUCUUUAGCAAAAUACAAAAUACCAGUAGAGCUAUUCAUAUCUUCGAAAAAAUUAGUAUCUAAUUUUACCUAACAAGUACGGGUAUAUAAGCACAAAUGCUGCCUCCUUCACCAAACUAAAUACUCAGAACCGAGUAAAAAAGAAACAUAAUCGCUAUACAUUCUCCUGGGUUGGACAUCACAAGGCCCAUAGGUUCGUUAACGGCCUCAAAAAAAAUUUCGCUAAAUGGACAAUUACUGUUAAAAGUGACUCGAAGUGAAGCUUUAAUGAUCGAACAAUUUGGUUGUGAUUGAGGAACUACCAGUGAUAUUAGUGUUACAGGGGGACUCUAAAUUAUAAAUUAUUGUAGAGCUGUAAAUAUCUGCAUUCCUUUAUCUUAUUUAUGCGCGUUGACAAUGUGAUACGCAGUAUAAUGUAUAUUUUAUAAUAAAUACAGACACAUUGUAUAAUACUAUAUGUUAUGAGAAAUAUUAAGGAAGAUAUAUUGUUGUUUUAACUUUAAUAUUUUAAAGUGUUUUAAGAGGCUAUUAAAAUUCUUGUUUAUUUUAUUAUUUUA